GCUGUUUUGAUGGGGCGGCAGCUCUUGCGGUGGGCUGGAGGCAUGUUGUAAGAUGGAAACAUCUGAAGCAGACCCAGACUCUGCAGCAAACCACCAGGGUGAACUGAAUGUGGAAUUGCUUCCGGAUAAAUCCACUGGCCGGCCAGCCUGGGGAUCCAAGGUCCAGUAUAUCCUAGCGCAAGUUGGUUUUUCUGUGGGGCUUGGCAAUGUUUGGCGGUUCCCCUACCUCUGCCAUCAAAAUGGGGGAGGGGCUUUCCUGCUGUUGUACUUCCUGCUCCUCGUUGUCAUCGGGAUUCCGCUUUUGUUCCUGGAACUGGCAGCUGGACAGAGUAUCCGCCAGGGCAGCAUCGGGGUCUGGAAGCACAUCAGCCCCCGCCUAGUGGGUUUUGGCUUUGCGAGCUGUGUGGUAUGUGCUUUUGUCUCUCUGUAUUAUAACGUCAUUAUUGCAUGGAGUCUUUACUACCUGGGCAAUUCCUUCCAGCUUCCCCUCCCCUGGGAAAAUUGUCCAGAAGUAGCAAAUCAAACAGAAGAAGAUAUGGAGUGUAUCCAGAGUUCUCCCACCACCUACUUCUGGUACCGUAACACCUUGGAUGUGACCGGGUCCAUUGAGGAGAGCGGGGGCUUCAACCCAACUCUUGUGGGCUGCCUCUUUGCCGCGUGGGCCAUGGUGUGCCUUGCCAUUAUCAAAGGCAUCAAAUCCUCUGGCAAGGUCCUGUAUUUCAGCGCAGUGUCAUUGUAAUACGUGGUUCUCUUCUGCUUCCUCGUGCGGGCAUUGCUGCUGGAAGGAGCGAUGGACGGAAUCUGGAUCAUGUUCACACCCAAGCUGUCCAUGUUGAGCGACGUGCAGGUUUGGGUCCAAGCAGCCACCCAGGUGUUCUUCGCGCUAGGCCUGGGCUUCGGCACCAUUAUCGCUUACUCCAGCUACAACCCGCGACACAACAACUGUCACAUCGAUGGGCUGCUGGUCUCCAUGGUCAACUUCUUCACCUCAGUGCUGGCAACGCUGGUUGUGUUUGCUGUACUGGGCAUCCGUGCCAACGCCAUCACCCAGGCAUGUGUGGAAAGCAACCUAGACCACCUGCAUCGUCUGCAGCUCAGUGGCUUCCUCCUUCAUGAGCCACCCCCUGCCAGGAACGUCUCGACCGCUCAGUACAGUGCCUGGUAUCAGGGGCUCUCGAAUGAAACAGAGGGGCAGUUGCUGGCGUUGGGAAUUGGGGACUGUCGCGUUGAGGACGAGAUGAACAAGGGCGUGGAAGGCACAGGCCUAGCUUUCAUCACUUUCACCGAGGCCAUAACCUUGCUCCCCGUGGCCCCCUUGUGGUCAGUGGUGUUCUUUUUCAUGCUGCUGAACUUGGGGCUAAGCUCCAUGCUCGGAGAUAUGCAAGGGAUCAUCACUCCUUUGCUGGACAAUUUCCAGAGCCUCCACCAGCGGCAGACCCUCUUCACAGUGUUCUGUUGUGUGGUUGGAUUCCUGUUUGGCCUGCUCUUCGUCCAGCGCUCUGGCAGCUACUUCGUAGCUAUGUUUGAUGGCUACUCUGCCACUUUGCCCCUCCUGAUUGUCGUGGCUGGGGAAGCUUUUGCCGUGGCCUGGAUCUAUGGGGCCGACAAGUUCUUGGAUGACAUAGAAGCCAUGCUGGGCUGGCGGCCUUGGCGCAUCUACAGCUACAUGUGGCGCUUCGUUAGCCUGGCAUCAAUGGUGUGCCUGCUGCUAGCAAGCCUGGUACGCUUGUGUUUGAGUCGCCCGACCUAUCAGGCCUGGAACAAGCAAGAGGCAGAUAAGCAGCAACUGGAAUACCCACCCUGGGCUUUGGGCCUUCUCAUAAGUCUCAUUGUCGUGGCUGCACUUCCCAUCCCAAUCAUGUUUGUCCGGCAGUUAUUGAUAGAGCGAUCAGCCUGGCAAGACGGCAGGUCUUCUCUGGCACUAGGCCCUGUGCCUCCUGAGGAAGAAGACAAGGAGGAGGAGGAAAGAGAGAGCCCAGCUGAUCCUGAUCACCAAAGUAAUGGGUACCUGCUUGUUCAGACCGAAGACAGGCAGGACUUCUAGCUGGGAUGUACCCUGGGAUGUACCCAGCUCCAAAAUCAUCCUCAUCUUGCAGAGAUCCAUCACUGUAUUUUUCCCUCAGGCUUAACGGUAUCAGGAGUGGUGUUUAUUGAGACCCUCCUGGUGCUGUUUGUUCGGUGGAUGGAUGCCAAAGACGGGACAGGUCAACAAACCAGAAAAACAAAUUGGUUUCCUCAGCGGAUCUCUCCAAACCUACUGAAGACCAUCUGCUGCUUAGGAUGAGAGGACCCUGAAGGCAACGAAAGAGGACUCCAGGGACCUCAAAACAAUCAAAAGUGAUGUACAGGUGACCUGAGGUGAACUGGGAGAUUUGAAAACCUCAGUGAAUCACCUUGCAGCCAAGAAGUCUACGUUUGCUUCCUAGAAAAUGCCUCUGCAGUGUUUUAAUACCAGUAUGAAUACCACCCAGUCUUUUUUUGUUGUUAUUAAGAAUUUUCAUUAGUUCUACAAAACAGUCCAAACUGAAGAACGGAGCCACCUUAGUUUUGCAAAUCAUUUUUCUAUAAAGCCAUCAAACAUUCAA